CCGAGACCAGGGCGGAACGCGGGUUGCAUUUUCGUCGUCCUUGCACUUAUCCAGCGCCUCACUGGCGUGUGAGCCGCACCGCUUCUCGCCUUUAAACUUGAUCCGUGGCCCGGCCAGACCGGGGAUCGACCAGCGAGCGCGAUGCUCAAGUCCAAGACGUUCCUGAAGAAGACGCGGGCGGGCGGGGUGCUGAAGAUAGUGCGGGAGCAUUACCUGCGCGACGACAUCGGUUGCGGGGCCUCAGGCUGCAUCGAGUGCAGCGGCGCCCAGGAAGGGCCGGCCCUGGAGCCUCGGCCACGCGACCCCGAGAGCAGCCUCUGCCCGCAGCCCCACUAUCUCCUGCCCGACACCAACGUGUUACUCCAUCAGAUUGAUAUACUUGAGGAUCCAAUCAUCAGAAAUGUGAUUGUGCUACAAACAGUUCUCCAGGAAGUGAGGAAUCGGAGUGCACCAGUAUAUAAGAGAAUCCGAGAUGUGAUUAGUGAUCUUAGCAAGCAUUUCUAUACCUUCACUAAUGAGCAUCAUAGAGAAACAUAUGUGGAACAAGAACAAGGGGAAAAUGCUAAUGAUCGGAAUGAUAGAGCUAUUCGAGUGGCAGCAAAAUGGUACAAUGAACACAUGAAGAAAAUUACAGCGGAUGAGAAUCAUCCUCAAGUUAUCUUCAUAACAAAUGACAUGAAAAAUAAAGAGAAGGCGAGAGAAGAGGGGAUACCAGCUUAUACAUGUGAAGAAUACAUAAAAAGCUUAACAGCGAACCCUGAACUUGUAGAUCGUCUUGCUUGUCUGUCUGAUGAAGGGAAUGAAAUAGAAAGCCGGAAAGUAAUAUUUCCAGAGCAUCUUCCCCUAAGUAAGCUACAGCAAGGAAUAAAAUCUGGUACAUACCUUCAAGGAACAUUCAGAGCAAGUAGAGAGAAUUAUCUUGAAGCCACAGUGUGGGUUCAUGGAGAUGAUGAAGAGAACAGAGAGAUCAUCCUCCAAGGACUCAAAAACUUGAACCGAGCUGUUCAUGAGGAUGUAGUAGCUGUGGAGCUUUUGCCCAAAAGUCAGUGGGUAGCACCAUCUUCUGUGGUCCUGCAAGAUGAAGGUCAAAAUGGUGACGAUGUUGAAGAUGAAGAGGAGAAAGAAAACACUUUGAAGACCGCUAUAAAUGAGAAAAUGCUAAGACCUUCAGGAAGAGUGGUAGGAAUAAUAAAGAGGAACUGGAGGCCGUUUUGUGGCAUGCUUUCCAAGUCUGAUAUUAAGGAGUCAAGAAGACAUCUCUUUACACCUGCUGACAAGAGAAUACCUCGAAUUCGAAUAGAAACAAGACAGGCUUCGACCUUAGAAGGACAGAGAAUUAUUGUUGCCAUUGAUGGUUGGCCCAAGAAUUCCAGAUAUCCUAAUGGUCACUUUGUAAAAAAUUUAGGUGCUGUUGGUGAUAAAGAGACUGAAACUGAAGUUCUACUCCUUGAACAUGAUGUUCCCCAUCAACCCUUCUCCCAAGCUGUUCUUAGUUUCCUGCCCAAGAUGCCCUGGAGCAUCACUGAAGAGGACAUGAAGAAUAGAGAAGAUCUGAGGCAUCUUUGCGUUUGUAGUGUGGAUCCUCCAAAGUGUACAGAUAUAGAUGAUGCUUUACAUUGUCGAGAACUUGAAAAUGGAAAUCUGGAGGUUGGUGUUCACAUUGCCGAUGUUAGUCACUUUAUCCGACCAGGAAAUGCUUUGGAUCAAGAGUCAGCUAAAAGAGGAACAACUGUCUACCUUUGUGAAAAAAGAAUUGAUAUGGUUCCAGAGUUGCUUAGCUCUAACUUAUGUUCUUUAAGAUCGAAUGUGGACAGGCUAGCAUUUUCAUGUAUUUGGGAAAUGAAUCACAAUGCUGAAAUUUUAAAAACCAGGUUUACCAAAAGUGCCAUUAAUUCAAAGGCUUCCCUUACAUAUGCAGAAGCUCAAAUGAGAAUUGAUUCAGCAACUAUGAAUGAUGAUAUUACCACUAGUCUCCGUGGACUAAAUAAACUAGCAAAAAUUCUGAAGAGGCGGAGAAUAGAUGCAGGGGCUUUGAUACUUUCUUCUCCUGAAGUUCGAUUUCAUGUGGAUAGUGAAACUCAUGACCCUAUAGAUCUUCAGACUAAGGAACUUAGAGAAACAAAUUCCAUGGUGGAAGAAUUUAUGUUACUUGCCAAUGUUUCUGUUGCAAAGAAAAUCCAUGAAGAAUUUUCUGAACAUGCCUUGCUUAGAAAACAUCCUGCUCCUCCUCCAUCAAAUUAUGAAGUCCUCGUGAAGGCAGCUAAAUCCAAAAAUUUGGAUUUUAAGACUGAUUCAGCAAAGGCUUUGGCUGAUUCUUUAGACCAAAUGGAAUCUCCUGAUUUCCCAUAUCUAAACACACUAUUCAGGAUAUUAGCCACUCGCUGUAUGAUGCAAGCAGUUUACUUCUGUUCUGGAAUGGAUAAUGACUUUCAUCACUAUGGCUUAGCGUCACCAAUAUACACACACUUUACUUCACCCAUCAGAAGAUAUGCAGAUAUAAUUGUCCAUCGGCUUUUGGCAGUAGCUAUAGGAGCAGACUCUACUUAUCCAGAUCUGACAAAUAAACACAAAUUAGCAGAUUUGUGCAAAAAUCUCAAUUUCCGACACAAAAUGGCACAAUAUGCACAACGGGCAUCUGUAGCAUUUCAUACACAGUUGUUUUUCAAAAAUAAAGGAAUAGUGAAUGAAGAAGCCUAUAUUUUGUUUGUAAGAAAGAAUGCUAUUGUGGUGUUAAUUCCAAAAUACGGUUUAGAAGGAACUGUAUUUUUUGAGGAAAAAGACAAACCAAAACCAAGACUUGCUUAUGAUGAGGAGGUGCCCUCACUAAAAGUAGAAGAUACAGAAUUUCAUAUUUUUGAUAAAGUUAAGGUGAAAAUCACCUUAGACUCCUCCAAUCUUCAGCAUCAGAAAAUUCGUAUGGCCCUGAUAGAACCACAGAUACCAGGAAUAAGUGUUCCUACUGAUUCUACAAACUCCAACACUGAUGAACCAGAAAAAAAGAGAAGCAAACUAGAAAACUAGCUAUAUAUAACAAUAAAGAAACUGUUACCAAAUUGAUUUCCUUUUGUAACAUUGGGGAAGAACACUAGCAAGUUUCAUGGUUAAAAGUAUCAAGUGCAAAUUUAAUUUGUUGCUUUUAAAGUGCAUUUUAAUCAUUUAAAAAUUUGCAUUUUUAUUAAACAAUUGCCUUCAAGUCUUUCCCAUCAUCUUUGAGAAAAGUACUUCUCUUUUCAUUUUCUAGAUGUAACACAACUAUUAUUUAUGCAGAAAAAUUAAAUUGAAUGCCCAUCACUUACAUACUGAUAGGACAGCAACUUCAGGGACCAGAUAAAGAUCAUCUAAAUGAUUUUACUUCAGAAGUGCCAAUUACUUUACUGGCUUAUUUUGGAGCAUCCAUCUUUUUAUUGAAAAGCUGAUUCAUUUGGCAUAAAUGAUUCCUGAUUUCUUAAAUGAGGGGAGAAAAGAGGACCAUCCUGGAUUUAGAGGAUAGAAAAGUAGGAUAUCAUCUAAAUGCCCAAAGCUAUCUAAAUGCUUAAAUAUAAUGGGAAUUUAUUCUUCCCCAAUCCUGAGGUAUCCCUUGCCUUCUGACAUUCUGGAGCUCAUGUUUCUGUGCUCCUUCUCAGAAAGUUACCAAUCCCUAUCCUACUUCAUCUGUUACAGGAAACUGACAUCAGUUAUUAUACUGAUCAUAUCCGGUUAUACUAUAUCAGAUCUAAUUAUGCUGAUCCAUCCUAAGGUAUGAAGGACUGAUUGCCUUUUCUUUAACCUUCCAGAGAGAAUUGCUUAUUUGACCAAAAUGAAUCUUUACUUGGUAGGAUUUCAAGUAAUGUGGAAAGUCCCUUCCAAUCUUUAGGGUUUGGUUUUUUGUUUCAUUUUUUAAAAUUCUUUGAGUGGGUGGGGAUCCCCCCUGUUAGAGAACUUCUCAGUCUAAGAUACCUCUAAGGAAAGUCAGCCUUAAGGAAAAGGAAGAUGGAUAGCACUAUUGCAUACUGGAAAGAAUGCUGGACUAGGAUUUAAGAAACCUAGAUUCUAAUUCAAGUUUUAUACUAACUCGUGUGUAAUCUUAGACAUUUGCAUAAUACUGAGCCUUUUGGGGCUUCAGUUUUCUUAUUUGCGGAUUAAGAAAACUUCCAGCUUUUAAAGAUAUUUUAUAACACCUUCUCCUGUAAGGAGAUGAUGAAUAGUGGAGAGUAGAAAACUCUUCUUUGGCUUUUAUAAAGACCCUAUAACUUAAUAGAAUCUAGGAGACAGAACUUACUGAUUCCUUGGCAUGGGAUGCUAACAAACUUUCUGGGAGCUUCCAUUUCAGAUCUGGGGAGCUGGAACAAAGACUUUUUGGACUUAAGAUUUUCUUCCUUUAACAGCAACUUCUUCCCUUACACAUGAAUUUUAUCCCAUUCUCUGGUUCCCUGCAGGAAGCUGAGUAGAUAGAUAACUCAGUGCUCCUGAAUGAUAGUAAAUAUAGCUUAGGUGGCCUUAGAAUGAGGGGAGGGAAAGGGAGAGUUUCUGGCCCUGCCACAGACUGAAUCAGGUAUCAUUAAAUAUAGGGAUUAGUUUUAUUUGAAAGUACUACUCAUUUCUAUUCAGUUUGGGUGAUCAUACUAUUUGAGCUCUAAUUAUAACUCUGUCCUUUGAGAAUAAAUACUUUCUUCAAAAAUUCUUUAUUGAAUAAGCAUUUAUUGCAUUUUGGUGGCAAAGGAUGUGUUUGAUAUAUCUGGCUUUGGUUUUUAUGCCCUUGUUUUAGUGGUCAUGUGUGAAAAGGUUCCAUAUAUAGCUGAGAAUGUAUUAUAAUUCUUUCUGUUAUUGUUUAGUGAUCACCAGAGAUCUAUUAUGUAUAACUUUUACAAAAUUCUUUUGGCCCCUAGCUUCUUAUCUUUUGAUCAGGCUUGUCUAAAUCUGAGAAGACUACCUUGAGAUCUCUUAUCACUAUUGUAGUUUUAUCUUUUUCAUUCUAUUAACUUUUCCCCUCGUGAUAAUGACGUUAGAUGCCAUGCCAUUUGGUGCAUAUGUCUUGUUAUUCUUUAUCUAUGGUGCUUUAAGAAUAAUGUACUUUCCCUAUUUUUCUUUCUUAAUCAUUUUUAUUAUGAUGUGUCUGAGAGAAUAAUUGCUGCCCUUGCUUUUUGAGUUCACUUCAAGCAUAAUAGAUUUCCUCUAGCCUCUUAUUUUAUCUGAGUCUUUUGGAAUCUGCUUUCUAUUCCAUUCUACCUUCCUUCAUUUUAUGGGUGUUCAUCCCAUUCCCUCUUAUGAUUGUUAAUUAUAUAUUUCCCUCUGUCUUAUCCUUUUACUUUUUUUUUAAUACUUGCUACUCCUUUCUAUAACAGUAUAUUGAGAGGAAUAUCCUCAGCAUCACUGAUCUCUAUUUUAUAUAAUCUGCUUCUAUUCACGAUUGUGUUUUCAUUCCCCUCACCUAAUUCCCAGUCAUGGAUUCCAACUUUUAUUUUUUUUCUCCCUCCCAACCCUACCUUCUUCAUGUUUUACCCUCCAGAAAUGGAGUUUGUCUUAAGAUGCUUUCCUGAAUUUAUCUUCUCUUAAUCCCUGUCUCUACCUGAUUCUCCUAUGGAAUUUAAUUUCUACACCAGAUUCAGUCUUCAAUUGUCCAUUUCAGAUCAAAGUGAUGAGAUUCAAGUGAAGCCUACUUUCAUCCAUUUCAUAUUUGUAUAGGUUUGUGAUCAUUUAAAAUACAUUCUAGCUUCUUUUCCAGUUUCCUAGUGUGUACAGCUUCACUCCUUUCAUUUUAAGAUCAAAAUAUAACAAAAUUGCACUCUUAUUCCCUCAAUGAUACUUGAAGACAUUAAGCUUCUGAGGUUACAUUUGUUUCCUCUUCCCCAGUUAUGAAUAUUUAUUUCAUCAUGAUAUAGUUCCUUCUAGUUCUAUCUACUCAGCUCUGGUCUCUUAAUAUGGGAAUUUUUUAAAGUCCUGUUUCAUUGAAGGUCCAUUUUCCCACCCAUAUGAUUACACUCAGUUUUACUAAGUAAGUUAUGCUUGCAUUGUAAGCUUUUGUCCUCUUUAGUAUUACAAGCAUUUCUCUCCUAUAUAAUGGUUAUUUGCCAACUCUUGCUCCUUUAUAGUUGAACUUUUUUUUCUGGCUGCUUAUUCUCUCCAUUUAUUUUGAGUUCUAGAUUUUGGCUUUUGACAUUCCUGGUAGUUUUCAUUUGGGGUUUCCUUUUAGUAGGUGACCAAUAAGUUCUUCCUAUUUUCACUUUGCCCUAUGAAACUAAUAGGUCUAGGCACUUUUCAUUGUGAUUUUUUUUUGUUGUUAAUUUUUUUUUUCAAUUAUCAAGCAUUUUUUUUUCCCUUGCACCCUCCUCCCUUCCUCCCCCUCCUCCUCCCCAGUAAACCCUUGGAAUAAAUAUGCAUACUCAAACAAAAUGACAGGAGCUUCUCUAUGGCCUUUUGGGUGAUUCUUAACUCAAGAACUUUACAGACAUUUAAUCACUUAACAGCUGUUAUCUAUUCAACUGCAUAUCAUAUACCUUAUGCAUUCUUCACCCACCCAUCUUUGCCUAUAUGAAUAAUUAAGCUGAACUUUGAGUGAUUAUGGAUCUUUUUUUUUUUUUUAAUUUUUUUUUGGCAAUCUGAAUGUACUAUUGACAAAUGGCAGCAUCUGGAAGACCUCACCAUCUACAGCUUCUGUUCAGUUUUUUAAAAACUCUUGUAUUAGUUUAUCAUAUACAAAAGAAUACUUCGUUCAAGAAAGUAUUAAGUGCCUACUACAUGCCAGGCAUUGUACUAGGUGCCUGGAGUAUAAGUACAAGGAAUGAAACAAUUCCUAUUCGCAAGGAACUUAUAUUCUAUUGGGGGAGAAAAGUACAUAUAAAAAUAUAUUAAAUGUAAAUACAAAGUUAAAAUUCUUUAAAUGAGUUUUGUGAAAGCUUUCUGUGUGAUCCUUUCUAUACUCUUAUUAAGCAUGCCCUCAAUUUGUAUGUAGAUACUUCUUUAAAAAUUUUACAUAGGUAGAAAAGUAUGUCUAUGGCUUGGUGAUUUAUUGAUGUUUUGUUGCCCUUUUUUGUUGUUGUAAAAAUAAAGCCAAUAUUUUUAUUUAUUACCUUUGAUAUUUUCCCUUCCUUCACAUAUUCUGAAAACCAGUCACUGAACAUCCUUAAAAUUGUGUUAGCUCUAGCACCAACCUCAUGUUGAAUUCAACCUGGUUGAGUUCAGCAACUUUUCUGAUCUUUUAUUUUUUUAAAUACCAUUUUCACUUGCUCUUGUAACAUUCCAGUAAUUGUGAUGUUUCAGACCAAAUGUGGUUCCAUUUGCUAUGUAUAUUCAAUCAUACUUGAACAUCC